UCUUUUGUUAGAAUACACUUGAGCUAAUCAAAUUAAAUUAAAAAAACACAUGUUUUGCGUCUUUACCAUAGGCUAGAAGUCUAUUAGAAAGCGAGGAGUUUGUUAAGAAGACAAACCAUAAUGGCAGAUGCCGAGAGCUUCAACCCUGAAAUCCAGCAAAAAACAGUACAUCAAGUCGAAACCAACCUGCACAAUUUGAGCACCAAUGAGUCAAAGUUAAUCGCUGAAUCAAACAGUGAUUUUGAGGCAGGGAUAGUAGAAGUUUUCGGAGAUGCGAGUAAAGAUGAUAGUGAUGAUAGUGGAUGGGAUACGGACUUGGAAUGUGAUGACGAAAUGUCUACAUCAGGUCGUCGAAGUUUUGACUUGGCGGGAAAGUCGGCCUAUCUGAGAGCUUGCAAAACCCUGAACGUAACACCGAUUUCGUCUUUGCUUCAAAACAUCGAAAACAAAGAGAUAUCUUUGGCGCAUCACGGCUUAGGCCCGAGGGGAGCAAUGGCCCUCGCAAGGGCUCUCGCAAAGAGUACAACUGUUGAAAAACUCGACCUAGAAGAAAACAGACUACAAGAAGAGGGGGCAGAGUCCUUUGCCAAAAUGCUGAAAGAUAAUUGUUAUAUCACGGAAUUAAACCUUGCGGGAAAUGCAAUGAGCAGUCGAGGGGCUAAAGCGAUGGGCGAGAUCAUUGGUUAUAGUAAUUAUAUACGGAAACUAGAUCUAUCGUUCAACAAUUUCAUUGAUAAGGACGGGGAGGCUCUUUCUAAAGGACUAGCUGCCACAUUGACUCUCAAAGAACUUCGUUUGAGCCACAACUCUUUUUCUGAAAGCGGAGGUGAGCUUUUAGCCCCAGGUAUUGCAGCUAAUUACUCCGUUGAAUAUCUAGACUUAAGCUGGAACCAUUUGAGAAUGAAAGGAGCUAUUGCUAUUUGCAAAGCGAUGGGCGAGAACGCAUCGAUUCGAGUUCUUGAUUUGUCGUGGAAUGGUUUCGCCGACGAUGGAGCCGCCGCAAUGGGCAACGCACUACGACAUAACAGCACUCUAAAAGAACUCGACCUCAGUCACAACAGGAUCACUAAGAAAGGAGCAUUUGCGCUAUCAAAAGGACUCGCAGUUAAUGACGCAUUACGAGUUCUGAAAAUCGGCUUCAAUCCUUUUGAGAGCGAUGGCACGAUGGCUUUACUCAAAGCGAUGAGAAAUAAUGCCAAGUCAGCGAUGGAAGAAUUGCACCUGAAUAACAUAACCGUAGGAAAAGGGGUUAUAGAGUUCUUGGACGAAUACAUGAAGCAUAAUCCCAAUUUCCAAAUUACACUCGGUGUGUCUCCAACAGACAGGCGAGAAGCCAUGGAUGAUGACGACAAAAACGGAAAAAUAAAAUCGAAAAACCAGUUACUGACCAUUCUGAAGGAGUAUCUAAUCGAGAAGCGGUUACGGGCGGUCGAUCUUUUUAACUGCUUGGAUAAGGACAAGUCAAGAUCAGUGAGUCCGGAGGAGUUAAUUGAAGGGCUGAAAAGGGCAAGGAUUCCGUUGACGGAUUCCCAGCUGAAGAGGUUGAUCACUUUAUUGGACAAAGACGGGGAUGGGAUGAUUGACUACAGCGAGUUUGCUGCCGUCAACAUGUUCACCGUACAACAGGAAAUGGACGCUUUCUCAUCCGCCUGUGACAACUUUGGCCUCACCAUCAGUAUCAAGAAGACUGAAGUGAUGUAUCAGCCCGCCCCAGGAAAACCAUAUCAGGAACCAAACAUCACAGUUAAGGGGCAGCGACUUCAAGAUGUAGAAAACUUCACCUACCUCGGCAGCACUCUCUCCCGCAACGCCAACAUCGAUGCAGAAAUCAACAACCGCAUCGCGAAGGCAAGCAGUGCCUUUGGGAGAUUGAGGAAGUCAGUCUGGGAACGCAGAGGCAUCUCACAAUGCACCAAGAUCAAAGUGUACAGAGCAAUCGUCUUAACAACACUUCUCUAUGGCUGCGAAACUUGGACCAUCUACAGAAGACAUGAGAAACUUCUCCAGCAGUUCCAUCUCCGCUGUCUCAGAAACAUCCUAAAUAUCCGCUGGCAGGAUAGAAUCACAAACACUGAGGUUCUGGAGAGAGCAAACCUCCCCAGCGUCAUUACCACCAUGCGCAAAGCUCAGACACGAUGGGCAGGACACAUUCCCGUAGCAAUGGCAGGAGUAGCACCCACUUGUGACCGGAAUGCGACCAUCGAGCGAGUUGACAAGACACUCCGAGUCUUGACGGCAGGGGGACUGAGGGGCCAUCUCGGACGGCAGUCCGGUGUGACCAGUGCGCAAGCCCUGUUAUCGGACGGAAGUGAUAGUGAUGAAGAAGAGUGGGAUACCGACUUAGAGGGAGAUGAGCAACCCAAGUCUACCUACGACCCGACAGGGAGAACGCUCUACUUACGAGCCUGCAAUAAACUGGGUAUCGUACCAGCGUCCUAUUUCGUGCGUCACAUGACCAAUCCAGAGAUGACCAUGAUGCACCACGGUCUGGGUCCCGUUGGUGUUCAAGCCAUCUCAUUGGCUCUGCUUUACAAUACAACAAUAACAGUUCUCAACAUCCGGGACAACGGGAUUGGCGAAGAGGGCGGCGAGAUCAUUGCGAAGCUUCUUAGGGAAAAUUACUAUAUAACCGAACUGGAUAUAUCAGAAAAUCAGGUCGGAGCGAGGGGAACGCUGGAAAUCGCGGAGACAUUGAAAAUGAAUAAUACUUUAACGAAACUUGGUAUGGCGGGUAACGAUCUGAGUGACAAGGAGGCGGCGCUUUUGUGUAGUGCAUUAUUGGUGAAUAGCACAGUGACGCGUAUUGACCUGAGCGGGAAUAAGUUUUCUAACAAGGCUUGUGAGUAUAUUGGAGCCCUUUUAGACGAGAGUUACUCUCUUGAGUAUUUGGAUCUCAGUUGGAAUCACAUCCAAGUCAAAGGCGCGCAGCGGAUCGCCAAGGGCCUCGAAGGGAACAUGAAGUUAAAGACUCUGAAGUUAGCGUGGAAUGGAGUCGCUACGGACGGUGCCAUAGCGUUGGCGAAAUCGCUCGAGGGAAACACGACCCUUGUAGAACUAGACUUGAGUAGUAACCGGGUUGGCGAUGAGGGUGCAAUCGCAUUUGCACGUACGCUAAAAAACAAUUCGUCACUAGAAUCCCUCUACGCGGCGAAAAAUAAUAUCACCGAAAAUGGUGCAUGUUCACUUUUGAACGCAGUCAUGCAGAGCUCGGGUUCCACGAUGAUCAAGAUCGAUCUCACGGGGGCCAUCCUCAAAGACGACUUCCAUUCCCUCAUGGACGAGCUAAAAAUAGUAAAACCGGACAUGGUCGUUGUUACGGACAUUUGUCCAGAGCCGCGGUCGCGCGCGGACACGCCUGACCCGAGUACGUUGUUGAGGAAUUACCUGGCCAGGGAACACGUGCGAGUGGUGGAUCUCUUUCGUCGCCUGGACAAGGACCAGAGCAUGCAGGUCAGCGUGAGGGAAUUCGUGGAAGGGUUGAGGAAAUCGGAUGUUGGAUUGACAGCGUUUGAAGUUGAGAAGAUCAUAGAGUCCCUUGAUGUGGAUGAUGAUGGAGAGAUUGAUUACAGCGAGUUCGUGUCUAUUCAGGGAAUGUGGAAAAGCCCGGAAUCGAAGGGGGCACGAAGUAGGCGUGCGUCCAGAAAAAUUUGAACAGACCAAUGAGGCUAUUUGCGCGAAGAAUGCCUUAAUUCGGGGAUUACCGAUAUUUUACUCAGAGGCUUCUACGACUACUAGACUACUAACUGGAAGGGAACGCGGAAA